GGUCUGGCAUCCCCAAUGUUAAACACUGAUGAAGUAAGUGGUUCGUGCACACCCUACUGCCCCCGUGCCUGUGGAUCUGGAAAAAUGAAACGAAGUAGCGCAUCCACUAGCAACCACGUUACAAUAUGCAAGUUUUCGCGGGAAGAGAGUCCUCCUGGACGGAUAACAGUGGACGAUCAGAUUGUCAGGUUGAACGAGCAAAUGGAUUUGGUACUGGAAAACCAAAAGCAAAUCAUAGAAACCUUGAGAAAGUUGACCAACAGCAGCAGUCAAGCGGAAGAGUCACAAGAGUCCCUGCUCGAAGAACAAGAGAUGCAAAAAUUUCCUCUAACUGAAAUAGAGCAACUGGACAUAGUCGAGGAGGCUCUCAAUGACCCGGAAUCUCGUUAUUUUCAACAAAUGAAGGACAUUAUAAAGCCGGAGAACAAGCCGCGUCCUGGGGGCCUUAGAAGACACUUUCAUCUGCUAAUGACGGCGGACUUUUUUGUCCAAUUCAAUUACGAUGGCAUCCACAACAAGUAUCCAUUUAAGAAGUACAAAAACUUCAAUAAUGCCAUAUAUCGCAUCCAAAAGCAAGAUGGAUAUACGGAAGAUGAUUAUGUUACGGAAAUAAGAGCCGUAUUUCGUGCCUAUAAGAAUCGCAAAAGCAAAAACAACUCGAAUGCAAGGAAAAAACUUAAGGAAGCGCAGGCCCACUUUGAGCCAGAAAUCGAUUUUGAAAAGAUCCUGUGGCCAGAUGAAUAAGAUAUGUGGGGCU